AUGCUAAGAAAAGCAUUUUUAAUUAGGAGAAUGACAUUAAGUGCGGUAAAUCGCCGCAAAUAUCGUGAAAUAGAAACAAAUGAUGAAUUUGUUAAGCAUGUAAUUAAUUCUGAAUACCCUGUAGUUGUAAAUUUUCAUGCCGAUUGGUGUGAGCCUUGUAAAAAACUUACACCAACCCUUAAAGAAAUGAUAGAACCAUUAAAUGAUGUUAAUUUAGCUAUUGUCGAUGUUGAAAAACAUCCAGAAUUGGUUGAAAGUUUCGAAGUGAAAGCCGUACCUGCUGUUGUUGCUCUUAGACAUGGACAAGUCAUUGAUAAAUUUAUUGGUUUAGUCGAAAAGGAUAUGAUAACUAAACUUAUGGAAAAACUAGGAUCGAAUAAAUCAUCUGACUAA